ACUUCUCUUUAGUUUAAACGGAAGUGAACAUUGACCAUGAACAAUUUCCACGUUAGCGUUUUUUGGGGUUAUUAUAUCGACGUUUAUUGAAACCAUGUAACUCCAAAUAUGACUAAUUUAGCGGCACGGCAUCACAUACUUUUCCCAGGUAGUGUUUAGUUCGUGUUGGAGACAGGACUUGGUUGAUAGAUGGUAUCUUGGUAACGCUAUCUAGCUGCUAACGUUAGCUAACAAUGGCUAACUGUAUGGUUUUUCACACUCAAAUAACUUCCAUCAUGGAGGUGCUAGCGAAUGCAGCCGUGGCAGAGAUCUGUAAACUCGUAGACGACGACUAUGCAGUGUUUCGUUUGGAAAUGUCUCAAAGCCAGAAAGAAAACACGGCAUUGCGGAGGAAACUACAGCUACUAGAACUGAAGGUGGCACGGGAGCGCGUCCUCGGCAGUCGUCCCAGUAGUGUCAAGAUCCUCGACCGAAGCAGAGGAAUGGCAAGAGGACAUCUCACUGGAGGCCACAGCAGCUUUGUUAAGCCAGCGGGACGCAAUAAAUGGCGAGAUGACCAAUCAAUCACUGUUGAUGAGGGGAGUGGAACCUUAACCAAGGUCGUGAAAGAGUCUGCAGAGGCUGCAGGUCCUAGAGUCAAGCUGGAGAAGGCUGAAGGAGAGGAGGACCCACGGCUCAGCAGAAACAUUCAGACUGGAGCGGUUGGAGUGUCCAAUAUAGCUACGGAGGACUCCACCACCGCCCCAGCACCGCCUAGGACCCAACCCAGCAUCACGGAGGUCAGUGGAAUGCCGAACGCCGUCCUCAAGUCAGAGACAGACAAGGAGACUUUAACUGUAACACACAGGCUCUUACAUACAGGAUCUGACCACGGAUCAGACUCGGAGAGGCUGGGGCCACUGGGCUGUCCUCCUGCUCCCGGCCUAGAGUACUUUCCGGUAUUUCAUCAGAGCCAGGUUCAUUCCUGUGGUGAUGGUGACACGUUAGACACUGGUGGUGAUGAUCCGUCUUGUUCUUACUCUACAGAGAUGGACUCUGGCAACAUGCUCUUGUCUUUAGAGACACAGACUGAUCUGUCUAGUGGGGACUGGAACCGGUAUAGUAGUAAUGUAUACUCUGAUGGGUGCCUAGAUAAGAAAAGGGAGGUUAUAGUCGUAGAUGAAGGGGAUGGAGAUGUUCCUCUGACAUGGAAUGCAGACCAGACUCAAUUAGGAGGAGGACACUCACAAGGCAGAGAUUUCAUAGAUUAUAAGGAAAGUGUAGAGACUAAUCCAGAUGUCGCCACCCACUCCCCUUUACACGCGUUCAGGGAUCGCGACACAAUGUCCACAUCAAUAGGGUCUUCAGAUUCCCACAGACGCGUCCUUUUCGAUCAGCUAUUGAAUUCAAAGGACCAAAGGGCCAUGGCUCAGGAAGGGGGAGCAACAUCAGGCAGUAGUAAAGAGAAACGGUUCCUCUGCAUGUUCUGUAACAAAGGGUUCAGCUGCCUCCAGAAGGUGGAAAUCCACCAGAGGGUCCACACAGGGGUGAAACCCUUCAGCUGUACCCAGUGUCACAUGAGCUUUGCCCAGGCUGGCAACCUAAAGAUCCACCAGAGGGUCCACACAGGGGUGAAACCCUUCAGCUGUACCCAGUGUCAUAUGCACUUCUCUCAUUCGUCCAGCCUGAAGAGGCACCAGAGGAUUCACGCAGGAGAGAAAUCCUUCAGCUGCCCCCCAGUGUGAAAAUGCGUUUUCCCACCAGAACCAGCUGAGAAGCACCUGAAGGUCCACACGGGAGAAAGGCUGUUUGUGUGUACACACUGCGGGAAGAAGUUCAUAGAGGAGCUACCUCAGUGUACACCAGCUGAAAAACCAUUCCACUCUAUACCUGAAACCCUACAUUAAAGUCAAAGAUUCAUUUUAAUUUCAUUGUCAGCGGAAAGGUCCACAGAUACCUUUUGUAAUAACAAAAGUAACACAUUUCCGUCAUGAAUAUUCCUGGGUACAAUAUUUCAUUCAGCCAUUGUCUGUUAUAUACAGCAUAAAUAAACAUAUACAGUACCAGUCAAAAGUUUGGACACACCAACUCAUUCAAGAUUAUAUAUAUAUUUUUUUACUAUUCUCUACAUUAUUCGAACAAUAGUGAAGACCUCAAAACUAUGAAAUAACACAUGGAAUCAUGUAGUAACCAAAAAACAACAAAUCGAACCAUAUGAGAUAAUUCAAAGAAGCCACCCUUUGCCUUGACAGUUCCCACAUAUUCUGAGCACUUCUUGGCUGCUAUUCCUUCACUCUGCGGUCCAACUCAUCCCAAACCAUCUCAAUUUAGUUGAGGUUGGGUGAUUGUGGAGGCUAGGUCAUCUGACACAGCACUCACUCUCCUUCAUGGUCAAAUAACCCUUUCACAGCCUGGAGGUGUGUUUUGGGUCAUUGUCCCGUUGAAAAAUAAAUGAUAGUCCCACUAAGCCCAAACCAGAUGGAAUGGCAUAUCGCUGCACAAUGCUGUGGUAGCCAUGCUGGUUAAGUGUGUUUUGAAUUUAAAAAAAAAUCAUCGACAGUGUCACCAGCAAAGCACCAUCACACCACCUCUUCCAUUUUUCACGGUGGGAACCACACAUGCGGAGAUCAUCCGUUCACCUACUCUGCGUCUCACAAAGACGCGGCAGUUGGAACCAAAAAUCUCAAAUUUGGGCUCAGACCAAAGGACAGAUUUACACCGGUUUAAAGUCCAUUACUCAUGUUUCUUCUUCUUAUUGGUGUCCUAUUAGUAGUGGUUUCUUUGCAGCAAUUAGACCAUGAAGGCCUGAUUCAUGCAGUCUCCUCUGAACAGUUGUUGAGAUGUAUCUGUUACUUGAACUCUGAAGCAUUUAUUUAGGCUGCAAUCUGAGGUGCAGUUAACUCUAAUGAACUUCUCUGCAGCAGAGGUAACUCUGGGUCCCAAUGAGAGCCAGUUUCAUCAUAGUGCUUGAUGGUUUUUGCGACUGCACUUGAAAGAAACUUUCUUAAUAUUUUCCAGCGCUUGAAGAAAAAGUGAUUGAAAUGUUCCAGAUUAACUAAUCUUCUACUUUCAAGUAAUGAUGGACUGUCAUUUAUCUUUGCUUAUUUGAGCUGUUCUUGCCAUAAUAUACUUUUUGUAAACCAAAUAUACCCUCCCCUACCUUGUCACAACACAACUGAUUGGCUUAAACACAUUAAAGAAAGAAAUUCCACAAAUUAACUUUUAAGAAGGCACACCUGUUCAUUGAAAUGCAUUCCAGGUGACUACCUCAUGAAGCUGGUUGAGAGAAUGCCAAAAGUGUGCAAAGCUGUCAUCAAGGCAAAGGGUGGCUACUUUGAAGAAUGUCAAAUAUAAAAUAUAUUUUGAUAUGUUAAACACUUAAUUUAAGAUGGGAUUAAUUUAUGAUACUCUUUGAAGAGGUAGGGUUUCAGAAAUUUUCAGAAGAUGGGCAGGGACUCUGCUGUUCUAGCUUCAGGGGGAAGCUGGUUCCAUCAUUGGGGUGCCAGAACAGAAAUUAGUUUUGAUUGGGCUGAGCAGGAGCUGAUCCCUCGUAGGUGUGGGACGGCCUAGAGACAAGAUGUGGCAGAACAGAGUGGUCAGGUUGGGAUGUAAGGUAUGAGCAGUUCCCCUUGCUGCUCCAUAGGCAAGCACCAUAGUCUUAGUGGAUGCGAAGUUUUGACAGGAUGCCACUGGAGGAGUAGGGUGACAUGGGAGAACUUGGGAAGGUUGAACACAGGCAGGCUACAGUGUUCUGGAUAAAUAGCAGGGGUUUGAUAGAUCCCAGCCAAAAGAGUUGCAGUAGUCUAUACGGGAGAUGACAAGAGCCUGGAUUAGGACCUGCACCGUGUGAGGAAGGGUCGUACUCUACGGAUGUUGUAGAGCAUGAACCUGCGAGGAGCGAGUCACUGCCUUGCAGAGAAUGACCGAGUGUUGUCCAUGGUCACACCAAGGUUCUUUGCACUCUAGGAAGACACUGUGGUGUUGUCAACCGUGAUGGAGAGGUCUUGGAGCGGGCUCCUUCUUGUUGAGCUUGAGGUGCUGCGCCGACAUUAAGCUGAGAUGUCUCUCUGUGUGCCUGGCAGACAUGCAUUUGUAGUUUUCAUAUUGUGCAUUUAACACUUAUGUUUAAUAAAGACAAAAUGGGACUUUU